AUGGCGGAGGAACCCACCCUCCCAGUGCUUCCUCCUUCGCUUGGAUUCGACCGGCGGAAGCGUGGUCGAAACGGCCAAUCUCCCCCGACCACGUCCUCUACCUCGAGCGACCCCGCCUUCUUCUCCAGCGACGACGACCCGGCCAUCGACAACUACCAGAGCCAUGGCCGCCGGAAGAGGCGGUACGUGGGAUCGUGGUUCGACCAGCAGCCGGCGUCCUCGGAUUCGGGCGUGGGCGAGGAGUCGGAGCAAGGGCAGCAGCAGCAGCAACCGCAAAAGCGCGAGUUCCGGCGUCAACUCGACAGUGGUGUCUGGCUGGGCACGGAAGGUUCCCUUACCGACACAGACGAAAGCUUCGACAUCGAGCCCGCAGCCUCACGUCUUCCCUUCACACCUGCGACGGCGACACGCGUGAUCGUUGCCCCGCCUCAUCGCGUCCACGUACCGGUGACUAGGGCUAACCGUUUUGCGCCCACCCCGCGGGAGGAGCAAGCUCAUCGUGCGAUUGGAUUUUGUGUGGAGACUGGCACGGAGCAGGUUGAUCUUAGUGGCUUGGACCUUCGCAAUGUCAGCGAUGACAUGGUAGAGCGCAUUCUGGAGAUCGAACCGAUCCCGUUUGUCACGAGGAACGUGGCCUUCGAGCAUAGGAAGCCCCGAUACCAGCUGUUCCUCGCUAACAAUGAGCUGCGACGCUUCCCGCCUUCCUUGGUCCAAGUGGAGUACCUGACCGUGCUCAGCCUGCGCGCAAACUCGCUCACGAGGCUGUCCCCCAUCAUCUCCAAGCUCGUCAACCUGGAAUCGCUCAACAUCGCCCAAAACUUCCUCACGUACCUCCCGGGCGCGCUGCUCGACCUUCUUCGCCCUGGCAGCAAGCUCCAGACGCUGAGCCUCAAGCCCAACCGCUUCUGGGACCGCGCUGCCCCCAGUGAAGCCCGCGGCAAUGAGUACGACCAAUUCACUUACCACGGCCGACUCCAGCCCCGGAUUGCCCCUUCCUCUACCUGGGCCGGCCUCGCCACCAAGAUGCACUCCCGUACCCCAGUCCAGUUCAUGGACAGCGCCCUCGCCAGUCACUCCCAUUUCACUCUGCCUCCCAUCGAUUACGCCCAUCCAGGCUACGACGACGACGCAGAGAGACCUCGAACGGCAGUCCACGAUUCAGACAAGUACAUGCCAGACGCCGACGCAACCUCCUCCUCCUCGUCAACUCUCAACUACCCCGCGCCACUCGAAAUCGAGCCACUCACCUCCCUCACAACCCCCAAGGCCCUCGAACGCGAAGCCCAAACCACCACCAGCAGCCUGCUAACCCAACGCCGAGGCGCCCCCUCGCUGUUUGAGAUGGCCCUGCGCGCCUGCGUGAAAUCUGACCAAGCGGAUUACAUCAUCAAUCACUGGCUGACAGACCCCGAUUUCCCGUCGCAUUUCGCGCCUGUUGCCCGCCGGGCACUGGCCCUGUACCGUGAGAGUGAUGCUGGUGGUCGUCGCCGUACCUCCACCACCGACAACACCACCACCAACACCAGCAGCAACAACAACAACAACAACAACAACAACCACGUCGACCGCACCGGCAGCGGCGGCGGCGGUGGUAGUGGUGGUGGUGGUAUUGCCUGUGAUAUCUGCGGCCGCAAAACCCUAAUCCCGGUGACGCAGUGGGUUGAGUUUCGACGGAUUGGAGCUAGCACGCGUACGCGCGCCCUCCCCGCUUUUACCUUCUCCCUUCUCGGGCUCCCCCAAACCACCCUCGCAGCCGUCUUCCGCGACGAAGUCGGCCACAUCGACUACCACCACCAACUCCUCGGUCUCCCCUCCCGCGACACCACCUUCUUCCAUCGCCCACGCCGCGCCGACCGUGCCAGUUUACUGUAUACACUUAGUGAUGUUGGUGUUGUCGGGGCUGUGAACCCGGGCAGUGGGGAGGUUGUUUGGCGGCAGGAGGUUGCUACUUCUACUGCUGCUGAUGGGGAUAGGGAUGGGGGGUUUAUGAGGGCUGGAGAAGGAGAAGGGUGGGUGGUGAGUGCGUAUGGGGAUGCGGUGCACGCGUGGGAUGCGGUGAGUGGACGGAAUAAGUUUUGGGCCGCGUUUGACGGGGCGCGCGUGCGGGAUUUGGAGGUGAUGGAAAUGACGGAGAGCGGGGAAGGGAGGAAGGACGUGUUGGUGUUGUUUGAGGGGGACGGGGGGGAGACAUAUCUGCGGCGGUUGAGCGCCGAGGAUGGGAGUGUGGUGUGGGAGUUUAAGGAGACGACUCGGGAUACGCCGCUGCAGGUGAGCACGAACUUGGAGAAGGUGUUUGUGGUUAGUUUGAAGGGCGCCGCGGGCGCGUAUCAUGUUAAGGUCGCGGUUCUGGAUACGGUGACGGGGAAGAAGCUGGAUGAGUUGGUCAUUGGCGGUGGGCGCGGAGAUGUGCAUCGGAGGGAGGACGUUGUGCUUGUGGGCGCGAACUCGGCUUCGCCUAUUGUGGCGUGGAUGGAUGACGCUCGCAAGAUGUUGUUGGUCAACGUGUUGGGCACCAAGACCAAGCAGGAGUUUGCGCUGCCGGAGGGGACCGUCGACGUGGAGAUCCACGCACCGCACUUGGUGCAGUCGCAGCCGCACUUUUUGGUUCACAGCAAGACGGUCUCUGGCCACCGCGGAGAGGUCUUCCAUAUCGAUCUGAAGACCAACACCAUCUCGAAGGCGUACAGCCUGCCCGAUGCCGCUGGGCCAGGCUCGUUUUCGACUAGCUCGAACGGCGCCAACGUUUACUUCACCCGUAUCACGGAGGACGAGGUUUCGCUUGUGUCGUCGCAGUCCCACGGCGUGCUGGGACGCUGGCCUCUCAAGUCUGGCAAUGUGACGGCCACUGCUGUUCAUGCCGUUUCUGAGGUUGUUAAAAAGGGCAGUGCGGAUGAGGGAUACGCGGUCCGAGCCGCAGCCGUCACGGAUCUCGAUGACUGGGUCUUGAUCCGCAACGGCGAGACGGCCUGGACCCGUCCCGAGGGCAUGAGCGGCGGUGUUGCGGCUACCUUCGCCGAGAUCCCCGAGAGCGAGGACCUUGCCCGGUCUCUCGAGGCCGAAGCCCACAGCAACCCCCUGGAGGCGUACCUCCACCGCAUCAAGCGCCACAUCAGCGACCUGCAGUACCUCCCAGCCUGGAUUGAUAGUCUCCCCGUGCGCUUCAUCAGCAGCAUUUACGGAAAGGAUGUGUCGUCCAGCGCGGGCAAGCUGGCCCGGGACAGCUUCGGAUUCAAUAAGUUGGCUAUCCUGGCCACGAAGCGCGGUAUGCUCUACGCCCUAGAUACUGGCAACCACGGCAAGGUGGUCUGGAGCACACGUGCAUUCCAGAUUCCCGAGGGCGGCAGGUGGGAUGUCAAGGGGAUCCAGGCGCAGGAUUCAACGGGCGAAGUCACAAUCCUCGGCGCCAACGAUGAUGUUGUUGUUGUUCGGGCCGACACUGGCGAGAUCAUCGAGGCAAAGGAGCCGGGCCCGGACGCCACCACCCAGGCUACGGCCCUUGUUGACACUCACUCCGGCAAGCAGUUGCUUCGCAUUGGCCGUGGCGGCAGGAUCGGAGAUCUCGACGCCGACAAGGCCCCCCUUCAGACUGUCAUCACGCGCGGUGCCGCUGGUGAGCUCAAGGGCGUUGUCUUUGCCGCAAACGAUGGCACGACCGCCCACGAAUCCACCUCCUGGGUCUUCUCCCCCCCGCAGGGCCAGCAGAUCGUCCACGUCGCCUCUCGCCCCGCCCACGAUGCCGUCGCUUCCAUCGGCCGCGUUCUCGGCGACCGCACCGUCAAGUACAAGUACCUCAACCCCAACACCGUCAUCGUCGCAGCCACCAACCCCGCCACCGACACCCUCGCCCUCUACCUCCUCGACACCGUCUCCGGCCAAAUCCUCUCCACCUCCCAGCACGACGGCAUCGACACCACCAAACCCAUCGAAUGCGCCAUGGCCGAAAACUGGUUCGUCUGCACCUACUUCGGCCAGUACACCCUCCGCGCCAACCCCUCCCAAACCCUCAAAGGCUACCAAAUCCUCGUCACCGACCUCUACGAAAGCGAAUCCCCCAACGACCGCGGCCCCCUCGGCGACGCAGCCACUUUCUCCUCCCUCGGACCCGUGGACGAACCCACCGCCGGCGGCGUCGUCCGUCCCGCGGCCGUAUCCCAAGCCUACAUCCUCAGCGCUCCCGUUUCGGCGCUCCAAGUCACCCAAACCCGCCAGGGCAUCACCUCCCGCCAGGUGCUUGCCUAUCUCCCCGAGACCCACGGCAUCGUCGGCAUCCCGCGUGUAGUCCUCGAGCCGCGCCGGCCUGUGGGCCGCGACCCGACGCCUGCUGAGGCAGAGGAGGGCCUGAUCCGGUACCACCCGGCGGUGGAGAUUGAUCCGAAGAGUGUCGUGUCCCACGAGCGGGAUGUUUUGCUUGGUCGUGGGAGCGGUAGCGGCGGUAACGGUGGGACCGCCAAGAUUCUGGCGGCGCCGGCGGUGGUGGAGAGUACGAGUCUGGUGUUUGCGUAUGGGAUUGAUGUGUUUGGGACAAGGGUGGCGCCGAGUUUCUUGUUUGAUAUUUUGGGCAAGGGGUUUAAUAAGGUUGCGUUGGUGGGGACGGUGGUGGCGUUGUUUGUGGGGGUGCUGAUGCUUGCGCCGGUUGUCAAGAGGAAACAGAUUAAUUUAAGGUGGCAGGCGCCGUUGUAG